CGCUCCGACUCCGACACAUCAAUGGUGUUGCAAUUGUCGAAGCUCCCAUUAUUUCGCCGUUGCGGGUGGCUUAGCUCCAGCAAUGGAGUCUUCUUCACAUCCGAACAUCAAAACUUCUCUCAGCUCCCAGUGAGAUGGCCCAACACCCACAAAAAUUGUCCAGUCAGAAGGUUCGCCACUCUAAAGUCAGGAAAAGUUAUACCACCAAAGAAGAAGAAGAGAUUGGAUGAAGUAUGUCUCGAAAGGUUUCAGCAGUACAGUCGAAACUACAUUCAAUCAUGGAUCCUACAAGGCAAGGUAAUUGUUGAUGGGCGAGUUGUAACUAAAUCUGGACACCCUGUUUCUGAUAAAUCCGUUGUGGAAAUCAAGGCUGAAAUCCCGAAAUAUGUAUGUAGAGCAGGACAUAAAUUAGAAGCUGCCAUUGAACAGCUAGGAAUCGAUGUUACUGGAUAUGGACAGGUGGCGGAUAAAAUUCGUCGAGAUGAACGUGUCUCGGUUAUCGAAAGGACAAACUUGAGAUAUCUUACUGAACUUCCUCAGAAAGUUGACUUGGUGACUUUGGAUCUUUCAUUCAUUUCUAUACUUGUGGUCAUGCCUGCUGUUAUUAGCCUGAUGAAAGAAGAAGCUACUUUAGUUACACUAAUCAAACCUCAAUUUGAGGCUCGUAGAUCACAAGUGGGAGGAGGUGGAAUUGUGAGAGAUCCCUUGGUUCAUCAAGAGGUGCGUGAAAAGAUAGUGAAGGGUGUGGAAGAUCUAGGAUUCCAAUGCAAUGGCUGGAUAGAGUCUCCAUUAAAGGGUGCUGAAGGAAACAUAGAAUUCCUGGCUUGUUUUAGCAGAACAACCGUUGACUCACCAGUUAAAGUAGAGUAGAUUAUUAGAACAACUAAAGUUUUGGGAACAGAUGUUAUAAAAGUAUCCAAUGUUAACGAC